CUCUUGUGAUCAAUACAUCUCAGACGCAGACUGAAAAUUACCACAGGAAAAAUGUCAUUCGCAGCAUACGUAGAGGGAGAAGAAAAUCGUUGCUUUAUGGUCUUGCCACGAGGUGGUGGUAGUUUGAAAGGCAGGGUUUUCGUCGUUGACACGAUUCACAUCUCGUGCAAAUCAGAUCCAUACCGAGGAGGUCGUUUCAUGUACGGAGGAAUCAUAAUCUACGGCCGCGAAGGAGAAGGAGAUUGGUACACGGCAAAUGGAACACACGGCAAAAGUGGAUAUGUUGUUAUCAUGCAAACUGACACCGAAGAAUUUAAAGAGCAACAGAAAAAAUGGCAGAGCGAACCGGGAAAAGUCCACGGCAUCAUAUACAGAAAAGCUUUCGGAGAAUCAUGCAAAAAGGUGAACGUGGUCGGUGAAGGAUUUGGAAUCAUUAAUGGUGAAUUUAAGACCAUUUCAGGCGCUUUCAAUCCUACUCACGGCGACGAUUAUCAUGAUGACAGCUGGGAAAUGCAUCCACAGUCAACAAAGUGCGUGAGAAAAGUGGUCGAAUGGUGGAAGAAAGCUGGAUAUAACUUCCUCGAAUGCCAGAAUCAUUCGGUUAAAAGUCUCUUGUCCUCUGACAAUGACUAAAACUAUACAGCUGGCACGGAAAUUGUCAGAGUUUAACUCAUAAGCUUUGAUCGCAUGAGACACGGACUAUUCGUAUAGUUAUGGUGCUAUUUUGUAUGACACGAUGCGUCUCAAGAUCUUCAGUUACUUCACACAUUGUAUGGGCAAGAAUACAUGCUAUUCAAGAAACACAAAUUUGAAAACAAAGUGUAAAGAAAACUUUAAAUAAUUAUGAAAUGAUAGGACCAAAGUUACUCCUACAUGUUUAAAGCAUACUCUUUAAUUUUCUUUAACAAUAAAAGAAACAAACCGGAGUAUUGUUGCGAACUGAACAAUCAAAGCGGUUGCUAAAAUAAAAUUUCAAAUAAUAAGUUACGACAAUUAUGCGUAAAGAAAUCGACAAACGAGAAAACAAAAUAGAGUUGUACGAGAUCCGGGGACAAAUGGCUGGUUAACGGUUAAGGACGAAAUAAAACGAUUGAGGAAAACGAUCCGGCACAGUUUAAAUGAUGAAGCCGAAUGAAUUUAUACGAAUGACACAAACAAAAGAAACUACGCCAAAAAAAAAAAUAGAACAUCGAUGAAAAA